GGAAUGCGCGGCGGCGCAGGCGGCGGAACAUGUAAGGGCACAUCCCGCUAGCUGCCGCCCAGCGCGCAGACGGAGCUCGGGGAAGCUGCGUGCGGGCCAGCGGGCGCGGGGCAGAGGCAGAGGUAGAGGAGCACGGCGGGCUGAAGCGGACGGCGGGAGCGCAGGGUCCCCGGCACGCUCUGCCCAGGCGGCGGUGUCCGCGCGAGCGGGCGUACCGGGCAGUCGGGGCGCAGGUGGGCAGGGCGCGCUGCCAGCCGGCCCCGGUCGCCCCAGAGCCUGAAGGGGCGCCGCAUCCGCUGCAGCCUCGUCGCUUGCUGGGGACCUCGGGGCGCCCAUGACGGCGGCGGCGACCGUGCUCAAGGAGGGCGUGCUGGAGAAGCGCAGCGGCGGACUGCUGCAGCUGUGGAAGCGCAAGCGCUGCGUGCUUACCGAGCGAGGGCUGCAGCUCUUCGAGGCCAAGGGCACGGGCGGCCGGCCCAAGGAGCUCAGCUUUGCCCGCAUCAAGGCGGUGGAGUGCGUGGAGAGCACGGGGCGCCACAUCUACUUCACGCUGGUGACCGAGGGCGGUGGUGAGAUCGACUUCCGCUGCCCCCUCGAAGACCCCGGCUGGAACGCCCAGAUCACCCUGGGCUUGGUCAAGUUCAAGAAUCAACAGGCCAUUCAGACAGUGAGAGCUCGGCAGAGCCUCGGGGCCGGGACCCUCGUGUCCUGAACCACCGGGCUCCCAUCUUACUGUCAUUCCCCCUGCCCCCGUGGUGCCCGGAGUUCAUGCCAGCUGCCCUGCAUCCCUUCACCGACAGGGGACAUGACUGUGCUCCAUGAGGUGAGCAGAAGCCAUGGGCAUGUGGAGGAGGCGUCAGAGCUGAAGGAGUGGAGGGCCAGGGAAGGAGGCCAGAAGGCUGUGUGGAGCUGAGGAUGAAGAUUCAGCUCCUGGACAGACUGUCAGGACAUCACAACAUACCCAGCUCAGCUUCUAGCCACAGGCCUGGCCCCCCACAUCACGAUGGGAGCUGGCAUCAAGUCCUCUGCCUGCUGAGGCCCUUCCGUCAGGUCUGCGGACUGCUGUUAGUGCCUGGCCUUGCUGCAGGCCUGGAGGAGGACAGUCCCCCAUGGGGUGCUAAGCCGACACCUCAGGACUCAAGAGGCCAGCCUGGUAUCUGAAGAAGGCACCAUCCUGGAGCAGCUUCGGACUCACCUUGAGGAGAGGGAGCUGCUGGGCCUGAGGCCCACACCUGGGGGUCUCCUGCUGCUUAGGUCCUUUUGGGACCCCCACCAUCCAGGCCCUCUUUGCACAUGUCUUCCCCCGCCUCUACCCAUGUUCCCCCCUGUGGUGCUGGGCCUGGAGGGGGUUCAGGUGAGGUUUGGCCAUUACCAUUUCAUGCCUAUUCCAGAAUGAAGAUGCCCUACAAAGGGCAGUAACCACA